AUGAUGACAACAUCGGAGGCUGAGUGUGCCUGUGGGGGACCCGGGGACGCCGGGGUUGUAAGGUCGUUGACAGAGGACACCGGCUCUGCAUCUGCGGUGGACCAGGAGUCUGGCAUUAGUGCCAAGCUCGAUGAGCACACUCGACUCUUGAUGGAGAACUCCCGGAAAUUGACAGACCUCCAAGAGCAACCAGUUGCUGUUCGCCAGCGAAGUGCCAGAAUACAA